AUGAGCCAGGAUUCCAGUUACAACAGAUUGAAAUUUGCUAAGCGACCAGACGAGAUCACAGGAGAUGAUGACCCAAAUGUUUACAGAGUGGAAAUGUCCUGUGGACACGCUGUGGAUCCCAUUUCACUCACGGAAUGGUGACGGACCCGUAUAAGCCAGGGUUAUUUCAAAUUCCACUGCCCUGCAUUAAUAGAUGAGACAAAUGAAGGAUGUGGAGAGGAAUGGUCCUACAUGGAGGUGUGCAGACACGCAUUGCUCUCUCUUGAGGAACGGCAGCUUUUUGAAGAGAGACUUGUCACUCUCGCUGCUUCAAGUUACUGGGAAUACAAACAGUGUCCUAGGUGUGGGACUUAUGUGGAACGGAAAGAUGAGACGAACAUAUCAGUGACUUGUUCAAUCUGCACGGUCAACGAUGGAAUCCCUUUUGAAUUUUGCUGGCAAUGUAUGAAGGAGUGGAAAGGCCCAGCUCCACGCUCUGAUAAAUGUGACAAUGAAGGAUGCACUAAUAUUCAGCUGGAUGCCUUGACGGAAUGUCUCAAAAAAACUUUACUUUACAGCGGAAUUCAAAAUUGUCAUAUCCGUGCUUGUCCCACUUGUGGUUUGCUUAUAGAACAUAAAGAUAUGUGCAAAUAUGUCGCAUGCAUCAGUUGUCAUGUGGAAUUUUGCUUUGCCUGCCUUAACACAAAGGCAAUUUGCAGUGAAUCAUCUGAGUAUUCUUUUCAUUGUGCUACACCUGUAGCCCCAAGGCAAACAAGUAUUCCAGUGUGGAAUCGUACUUAAGAUCAGACCUGCAAUCCCACUUCAGAUUCCGAUUCAUUCGGCACUCCAAGUCCCACUCCAGGUCCCGCUCCAGCUCCCGCUCUCAUUCCCGCACCAAGUCCCGCACCCGCUCCAGGACCAUGUCCCGCUCCUAGUCCCGCUACACCCCCCGCUCCAAUACCACGUCCCCCUCCAAGUCCUGCUCCAAAUUGUAUUCCGAUUGCUAAACAAAUUCCCGCUCGAAAACCUGUUCAGAAUCCUCUAAAUUCUAAUUCUAAUUGAACAAUUCUGAAAGUAAACAAUCUAGAUCAGAGAUUGCAGAAGGUACAAAAACGCAGAAUAGUCAUUUAAACAUUGUAAUAUGCCUGACCCUUCGUUCUCUUGUGUUGGAUUGUUUCUUUCAUUGUUCUGAUGGUGAUGUGAUCUGAGAAUCCAUAAGUGGAAUAAAUAAUUGUCAUUUCAUCUUCCAUAAAACACCCAGCCCUGGUUUAAGUGGACUAAUGCAUUAUGUGUAUAUACGGUUUAAGAGCAUAAUAAUCAUGUCUCUUCAUUUCUCUGCAACAUUCUCUGUAUAAUGUGAGGAAAUCAUAAUUGAUCA